AUGGCGGACCAAACUCCGCACUCCAUCGGCGAUGAAGCUGGCUCGCAGCCACACGAUCACGGCGGAUCGCUUAGCCAGCCUUCCAUUUCGGACAUCCUUGCUCUGCCUGACAACAAGCCGCGUCGAAACAUCACGGAGGGCAACGAGAUCGAGAGCAGAUUCAGCCUGCUGCCAUGGGGCGAACUUCCGCGUUCGGGAUACACAACCCUCAAGCAAUUGCAGGAUGCGGUCUUCAGUCUCCUGGUCGAGCGACUCAGGCGCAGCAACAUCGCGUCGCCGUUACUGCAGGCAGAGUCCUUCAAGUGGGCGCUUCCAACAUCGCUCGAUGACACGAGAUCAUGGGUCUCGCUGCUUCAAAAUCCUUUCGAGAUCACUAGUCAGGAACUUCUUACAUUGCUCAACCUGACAACUGUCGAUUCCGAGACAGCUGCAGACCCUGAUACCACCGUGUUCUACAUCCGUACGUUCGAAUUCACAAUCGAUGAGUUCUGUGCAGUCCUUGGCCUACUCAUGGAUGCAAGUUAUGACAUGAACGACAAGCUCUUCUACUGGCUUGAACUAGCGGACUCCGUCGAAGAAGCUAAACGCAUGCAUACACGUUGGACUGUUCGCUAUUGUGGAAUGACCAGUGGUCGCGCCUGGUCGCGCCACACCCAGGAUAUCAGCCACGCCUCAGGCAAGUCGAAUACGUGGUUCGGCCGUUUCCUCAAGGUCACUAAAGAGGAGUAUCCGGAAAUCAUCGACAACGUCCAAGUGGACGUCGUUACGGGCGCGACAUCGGGUUCCACGUUGUCAGCUGUUUCAUCUGACCUACGCGAGCAACUUCUCAUUUCGCUAUUCGGUCUCGGCGUCGUCAACGCGCAGGCUGGUGGCGGGGAUGUGAUUUCGCCUAUGAACACAGGCGACGAAGAUGCAUUCUUGACGUUGCGAACGAAGACAUCCAGUCUUCUGCAGCUACUUCAACCCUGCUCAGAAGAUGUCGAGGAGUCCAUCGAGACAUAUGUUGAUCGCGCCCGCAAAUACACUGCUAAGAAUCCGGUUUCGACGGGAGUGGACAAGCGUGACUUUUCCAGCGAGCUCCAAAAGCAUUUGCGAGAUCAAGCUACCCCAGCCAUGCUCUCCAUCGGUUGCGCUUUGUUGACGACCGUGGCAUCAGACAUCGGGCAGGACGACCACGAAGAUAGUACUUUCUACCAGAGCGGACGUCGAUCUGCCAACAUCGUCAAUUCAUGCUUCGACUAUCUCGCGUACUGGGAAAAGCCAGCCGGUUCUGCCUUCAAGUCAGGAACCACAAAGACUAUGUCUAAGUCCGGAUAUCUUCCUUUUGCGGAUCUAUUCCCGUGGUUCAAGAAAGACGAAGCCGAUUAUGCGAAAGCCGGCGAACUCUUGCUUGGAUAUCUCAGUGCAACCAAACCGCUCAUUCUUCUUACGUAUGGUCAGCUGCCCUCCUACUACGCCCUUGCGUCGUUCAAGCCCCUCACCAUCAAAUCGUUCUUCGAGACCCAGCGAUCAUCGAACGUUGAUUUGGGUUCGGAUUACUUCCUACAGCUCUUUGGACAACCCCAUAUUCGUACGAUUGGAGUGGAUGGAGACGACGAAGUUAUAGUCAUACCUUGCUAUCACCCCGGUUACCUCGCCCAAGCAGGUCUGCCUUCGGUCAAGGCUACAACCCUCUUCUUUUAUGUUCACCAGCUUGUUUGGUUCAGCAUGGGUGUGGCGCUUGACCUGCUCCAGGAUACAUCCAGGAAUUGGACCCGUAAAGAGCUUUGUGGUGAGAUCGCGGUUUCGCUCCAGAAGGUACUCUCUACAGACCACGAUUUCGGCCGCGCGUUUGCUAGAGUCAAGCAGGAGACUAUCGACGCCACGAAAGCAUUUACACAAGGGAGGGCUGUACGUAGGAGGAUCAAGAACGUAGGCCAACCGAAGGCCAAACCGACUCGAUCCUUAUCUCCAAAGAAGGCCAUCCGCAAAGAGCGAAAGAGGAACCGGAAACUGCAGAUCACAACCACAUCAACUUCUAGCAGCGCUGCCAUCGGAGGCUAUGAGAUCCAUGUUCGUGCUACCCAACUGGCCGACGCAGUCGCUCCUAGGAACGACCGAGACCGACACAUCCUCAGCUGGAAAGAACCAUCACUCGAGAUGCACGGCGAAGAUCACCAGUGGACGAUCGGUCCCCUUAUACUUCCAGCGGGAGUUCUUGGUGAUAGUUCUGAAAAGCGCCUCAUGUACUACACCGGAGACGGGCUCGACGUUCGAAGCCCUAGCGGUGAAUCUCAAGGUGAGGUCAAGGCUCUUCACAGCGGUCAGUCCAGGACUUGUACCUUACCGAUUUCAGCUCUCGUGGUGUAUGCGAAGUUGGAUGAAACCGAGGACCAAGAGUUUCUUGAGCACUGGGAGGAUGUCACCGGGGUUGACAUCGACGAGUACCUGAUGAACGCCGUUCCGACUGGCAUGUCAACUACUGAUCCGCUUGCUGGACGAUAUCCGGCCGAUUUCUUCAAGACCACUACUCGUUCGCUUCCAGUGCCAGCAUUGAAGUCUCUGCAUAAGGCUUCCAUGAUCGCCUACAUUACACUUGUCAAGAAGAACUGCACUCCUGCAAAUCCUGGCGACAUGCUGUGGUUGUUUUCACAGUUCCUUCAAGAGAUGUGUGAUCCUGCAGAUGGAAUCUCUUUCAACAUGGCUAGCGCUUCUGAGAGCCCAUCUUCUGUCUAUCGAAUGUUGGCUCGAUUCUGUCAUGCGCCAACCUAUCAAAAUCAUCCUCACCUGAGGACCCUUCUUGCGGUUGUGCACUUGCCAGAACUUGGAAUCACUGAGAGGAUGUUGAUGUCCAAUAUCAUAGUCAUUGCUCUUGGAACCCUGGCAGAAAGCACUAAGAAGACGACCACCAUUACUCUGAAGACUGCGAACAAGACAAGCAAGAACGGUUACGCCUCUUACAAGGUCAAGGACUUGAAUGAGUUUCACAACGGCAUCCUGGCGCCUUUCACACCACCGAAAUUGGAGUACGACACCGAGAUCAUCGAGGAGAGCGAGGAGACGGAUGAUGAAUCUGAUGCAGGCCAAGAGCUUGGAAAGAGGAAGCAUGAUGGCGACUCUGAUCUCGAAGACAACGACGAUAAUGAUCACGACUUCAACGACACUCGAAGGCCGGAGAAGAUGGCCCGUGGAGAUCGUGUCCAAGGCGGUGACGAUGAGGGACCUGACGAUGAGAUGCUCUUUGAUCUUUGA